AUGCUAAGACAAGGCCCUUUCCUUCUUCUGGCUGCGUCCAUGUCGUAUUUCAACCCUGAGAAAGCUUUGGCAGCGCCUUCGGAAAACGAUGGUUUGUCUCAGGGCCGAAGUCCCCUGGCCCCCCCAUAUGCUGUGGUUCUGAUCUCAUGUUCAGGCUUGCUGGCCUUUGUCUUCCUCCUCCUCACCUGCCUGUGCUGUAAGAGAGGGGAUGUGGGCUUCAAGGAGUUUGAGAAUCCUGAUGGAGAGGAAUAUUCUGGGGAGUACACACCACCUGCUGAGGAGACCUCCUCCUCUCAGUCCAUCCCAGAUGUUUAUAUUUUGCCUCUCUCUGAGGUUUCCCUCCCAUCUUCCAACCAACAGAUGCCCAAGACUGAUCUGGUGAAACACUUGGGACUCAGCAGACAACACCUCAGUUAUCUGCAGGAGAUUGGAAACGGCUGGUUUGGAAAGGUUAUUUUAGGUGAAAUAUUCUCGGAUUUCACCCCCGCACAGGUGGUAGUGAAGGAGUUACGGGUGAGCGCUGGGCCACUGGAGCAGAGGAAGUUCUUGUCAGAGGCCCAGCCAUAUCGAAGCCUUCAACAUCCGAACAUCUUGCAAUGCCUUGGCCUGUGUACAGAGACCAUCCCCUUCCUACUUAUCAUGGAAUUCUGUCAGCUGGGAGAUCUGAAACGCUACCUUCGAGCUCAGCGCAAAGCGGAUGGGAUGACCCCUGACCUGCUCACUCGUGACCUCAGCACACUGCAGCGCAUGGCCUAUGAGAUCACACUGGGAGUGCUGCACCUGCAUAAAAACAACUACAUCCACAGCGAUCUGGCACUUCGGAACUGCUUGCUGACCUCAGAUCUCACGGUGCGGGUUGGAGACUAUGGCCUCUCACACAACAACUAUAAGGAAGACUAUUAUAUCACUCCCGACCGGCUCUGGAUCCCUCUGCGCUGGGUCGCCCCAGAGCUGCUGGAUGAGAUGCAUGGGAAUAUCAUUGUGGUAGAUCAAACCAAGGAGAGCAACGUCUGGUCGAUGGGGGUGACCAUCUGGGAGCUUUUUGAGUUUGGUUCCCAGCCUUACCGGCACCUCUCUGAUGAGGAGGUGUUAACUUUUGUUGUCAAGGAGCAACAGAUGAAGCUAGCCAAGCCACGCCUUAAGCUUCCCUACUCGGACUACUGGUAUGAGGUGAUGCAGUCCUGCUGGCUCCCUGCUUCCCAUCGUCCAACUAUGGAAGAGCUACACCUGCAGGUGAGCUACCUAUUGAAUGAACGCUCCAAUGCUCAGGCAGAGGAGAGCUUUGAGUGGCGCUGGAGCGCCCUGAAACCCAAGCGCUCCUCCCCACCACCUGCCUCCUCUUCCUCUGCACGCCACCGACGCCCAUCGGAAGAGAUCUCGGCCUACCCGCUACUAGACAGCUUCCAUGGAGGUGACAUGGAUGACAUCCUAACUGUGACAGAGAGCAGUGGGGGGCUGAACUUUGAAUACAUGUGGGAGAAGGCCCGCCUGGGAAGGUGGAAGGGGCCUGCCUCAGCACCGCCGGAAUACCCCUCCAGCAACGGUGGGCUAGCUGUGCCCGGGAGCAAUCCUUUCUAUGAACAAGCAUCACAGCAUGGGCACAGUCUAGAGACUCCCAGUGUCGUGCCAGUCAUCAGUGCCCGCAGCCCCUCUGUCAGCAGCGAGUAUUACAUCCGCCUGGAGGACCACGGCAGUGGUGAGGGCCCUGUCUGUGCCCCCAGCCCUGGCUCCCCACCCCAGCCCCUCUUCCCCUCAGACUGGGACUGCCCUGGUGCUCCCUAUCGGCCACAGGAGCAGUCCAACACCAAUCCCUUCUUGGCCAGUGGCAGUGGCGACAGCAACCCCUUUCGUGUGGAUGGCGAGAUCCAAGAGACAUCGUUGACUGAGACGCCGACCACGGGGGGUGAGGCAUUCCUAGCCGAGUCUCUGCUCACUGUGUAUCGAGAACUGGAGGACCAGCAGCGUAACUGGGAUGCUGAGAUGAUGGAAGAACGAGGGGCAGGGGAGACACUGGCCGGGGACCCCUCAGAGUUCCAAGGUUCACCCUCGUGGGAGCAGGAACCUUCACUGAUGGAAGACCAGAGUUCUGGCAGCAGCACCGAUGAUGGUGGGAGCAGCAUUGGGGGUGGACGGCGUAACCUCUUGCCAUGCCCACUGUGCAGCCGGGUGCGUUGCACGUGUGCCAUUCCUCGAGGGGACGUGGUGAGCGGUUGGAGCAACCAUGGCCCACCCUUGCGGCGUCCUCAUCGUGAUAGCUAUGGCACUGAGGACGACUCCUCACUGAAAGUGGAGCGGGGUUCACUCUCUGAUUGUCCUAUGCUGCCCCCUAGGGACUGUGAUGGCGAUGGUGGAGAGCAUAGUGAAUUCUAUGACCCGCUCAUGGGUGUGAAGACCUAUGAACUCCAGGACUACCCAAAACAGAGAAGUGGAGGAAACACCCGUCCACCUGGAUCACCCUUCCCGGCUAUGUCAUCAGGGUGUUGCAAUGUGAUUGUUCCCAUAGAAAUACCACCAUUGUCCACUCUGGCUGAGUCCAAUGAUGAGGAGACUAUUGCUAUUCUCCCAGAAGCCAUUGAGGGAUUCUCUGCUGGUCCUCCAACCCUUAGUCUCUCCCCAGCAGCACCAGAGCGGCAAAGGGGAACCCUAGACUCAGUGGAUUCCUUGGACAUUCCUUCAAACACCAGUUCCUCAGAUGUUUGCAGCCCAGCAUCCCAUUACUCCUCACCAGGGCAAAAAUUUGGGGACAGUGGUUAUGAAACAGAGAGUACUUUCUCACCAGAGUUCAUAUUCAAAGAGGAACCUCCGCUGCCACCUUCUGGAGAAGAGGAAGAAAUAGAAGUGGAAGAAGGUUCAAGCAAGCUCCCAGCAACACCCAUGUCCCAGUCCACCAGUGACCUUACCUUGUCAAUAAGUGAGGAAGGGGCGGAGCUAGAGGAAGAGGUGGGGAGGAGCUUAGGACCAGCAACACCUCACCGUGACUCUGCCUACUUCUCAGACGGGGAGUCAGAGCCCUCUGUGGCACCACCUGCUGGAAAUAAAGUGGAGGAACCCCCUGAGAAGACCAUUGUGGAUGGAGGAUUUGUGGUACAAGUAUGCAAGGAGCAACUGUUGGUUACAUUGCAAGAGAAUGUCACACGCAACCUGCUCUGUAGUCAGGGAAUAUCAAUGCUGGUGCCUUCACCGGUUGCUCCAUUGAAGGAUCAGGCCGUUCUCAAGCUGUUCACCCUGGAGCCAGAAGAGGGGCAGGAGACAGAUGAAGAGGCGGCGGCCAAGAAAAGCCAUAAUGGGGGCACCAUGGAAUCCAAGCAGCUGGAAACUGUGGAGGAUAAAGUGAAGGAGGAAGAAGAGCAAGAGGAGCCUCAACAGCCUGUGGCAGGAAGUGGAGAACCUGAAGAGAUGUGGCCAGAUUGGGAGGAAGAGAAAAGGAAAGAAGGGGAAGAACUAGGCCAGCUGGGGACCCCAAAGGUAGCCGUGUCUGGUAUGGAAGACCUGCGGGAUUCACAGGAAGACUCUUCUGGAGCAACUGAACACACCCCAAAGGAGCAGGAACCUGUUGUUCUUGUAAACCAAGCAGGAGAAGAUAUCAAAGCCAAGCUAUCCCGGUUGUCACUCUCUCUUCCCCCUCUAGCCUUGCAGACGUUCCCCCCACCUGGUGGGGGCAGGAAAGGGCUAUUUUGGGAAGGGGCUGCUUUGGGGGAGGGGCCAGUACUGGGAGGGAGAGAGGCAGCCAUAGCAGCUGAGGAGGAAGAGGAGGAGGAAGACGCUGAUGAGGAAGAGGAAGGAGGCUUGGCUGGAGGUGGCGGGAGGGGUGUCCCUAUUGUGGUGAGCGAAAGCGAUGAUGCCCGUAACCUGCGUGGCCUCCUCAAGUCACCGCGCUCGGCUGAGGAGGCGGCAGCUGAGCUUGACCGCAAGCGAAAGAUGGUCUCCUUCUUUGACGAUGUCACUGUCUACCUCUUUGAUCAGGAGACACCCACCAAUGAGUUGAGUUCACAGGGAGCACCAGAUGGCGAAGCACCCACUCCUGGUGCAGUCACAGAACAUGGACUUGAUACCUUCCCAACAGCUGACGGCUUCAGUGGCAGUUUUGAGUGGGAUGAUGAUUUCCCCUUGAUGGCCCAGAAUCCAUCUUACGUCUCUGUGGUGUCUGACCCCAAUUCUGCGAAGCCCCACACUCUCUUGUCCUCACCAGUGCCCAUGGCUCCCACAUUGUUGCCAACAGCCAAGAGGGCCGAUUCCGGUCUUGUUGAUGCCCUGAGAUUUUCUCGCUUCACAGUCUCUCCUGCUCUGGAGCCACAUCUAUCUUCAACCUGUGACACUGAAUUGGGACCCACGGCUGACCCCAUUGAGAACUGA